AUGGGAACUACUAUUGAAAAUAAUGAAAUUGAUUGUAAUAAUACGUCAUCCAAAGAUCUCAAACCAGCAGUUGGUUUGGAAUUUUCUUCUAUUGAAACAGCUGAUUUAUUCUACAAAGAAUAUGGGAGAAGCAAGGGAUUUUCUACACGUAAGAGAUCAUCAUAUGCCAGUGCGCAUAGGGGAGGUAUAAGUAGAGUUAUAUUUGUUUGUGGUUGUGAAGGUGUCUACGGUAAAGAUUCUAAUUAUGAUGAUUCAAAUAUUUUUGAUGAUGAUGAAGUCGAACAUGAGAUUGGUAAGAGGAAAAAGAACACUUCAACCAUGAGAACAGAUUGUAAAGCUAUGAUGCGUAUAGAUUUGGAUGUAAAACGUAAGAUAUGGUAUAUAAAUGCAUUUGUGGAUGAACACAAUCAUGUUAUGGUCUCUCCUAAAAAGAGAGUUCUCAUGAGGUCAAACAAGUAUAUGCCGAGUGAAGCUAAAAGCUUGGCUGAGGCAUUUAACAAAAAUAGGCUCCCAGUUGGUAAGGUUGCAUCAUUAUUCGGGCAUAGUGAAAAUACUACAUUCACUCCUAGGGAUGUUUACAAUCAUUUGAGGACGGUUAGGAAAUCUUUAUUAGAUGUUGGGGAUGCAGAAGCCUUGCAUGACUACUUCAGAAAAAGAAUAAUUGAGAACCCCAGUUUCUAUUAUGCAAUACAAGUUGAUGAAAUAGGGAGGGCAGCAAAAAAAUUUUGGGUCGAUGCACGUUCGCGGAUGGCAUAUAGUCGUUUUGGAGAUGUUGUAACGUUCGAUACAACAUAUAGGACCAACAAAUAUAGUAUGCCCUUUGCUCCUUUUACAGGUACGAACCAUCAUCACCAGUCUAUCACAUUUGGAUUUGCAUUAAUUGGAGAUGAGACAAAAGAGACUUUUACAUGGUUGUUUAAGACGUGGCUUGAAGCAAUGGGAGGUACUCCUCCAAUUUCAAUACUUACUGAUCAGGAUCAAGCCAUGACAAUUGCGAUUGCUACGGUACUCCCUAAUACCCGUCAUCGUUUUUGUUUGUGGCAUAUUAAGAAGAAGUUUGGAGAGAAGCUAAGUCACGUAUUCUUUAAGAAAUCGAAGUUUAAGCGAACAGUUAAAGCGGUUACUCGGUUUACAUAUACAAUUGAGGAUUUUGAAAAUCAAUGGAACUCCAUGCUAAUAGAGUUUAAUUUGACAGAGCAUGAAUGGCUUAAAGACCUAUACGAUAUCCGUGAAAAAUGGAUUCCAACUUAUAAUAGAAGUACUUUUUUUGCAGGGAUGAAUACAACACAGAGAAGUGAAAGUAUUAAUUCAUUUUUUGAUCACUAUGUGAAUUCCAGGACAUCUCUACGAAAAUUCGUCGAAAGUUGUGAUCAGUCACUGGAAAGAAUGUAUGUUAGAGAAAGGGAAGAAGACUACAAGUCUAUCCACAUGAAGCUUAUAUUUGCCUCACAAGAUUUAUUGGUAAGGCAUGCAUCUAAGGUUUUUACUCGCGUUAUUUUUAACAAAGUUCAUGCCGAGUUUAAUGCGUCUUUGAAGUAUCGAUCAACAAUAAUUGAGGUCAAUGGUUAUGAGCACUCUUAUAAAGUAUUCUGGAAAGUAGACAAUGAUAUAGUGGAAGAAUUUCCAUUAAAGAUUAAUGAGUUAACCAAAAGUGGUACAUGUGGUUGCCAAAAUUUUGAAUUCAAGGGGAUACCAUGCAGACAUUUUCAUCAUAUUUUAGUAUCUCGCCUUUAUGAGACAGAGAUUCCACCUCAUUUUAUAAUGGAAAGAUGGACAAAAAAUGCUAACAAGUGUGCGGUUUUAGGUUCUGAUCGCUUGGAAAUAAAAGAUGAUAAGGUUGGAAUUGAAGCCAUGCGGAUCAGUCAUUAUUGCCGACGAUCAUCUGAGCUAGCGUACAUGUUUUUGGGUAAAUCAAAAAAAGCGUACGAGAUGGCAAUAGAUUUUCUUAACCAAGCAUUUGAGAAGGCUAGAGAUAUAGACAAUGUUGAACUUGAAAAAGAACAUGGUGAAGACAUAACUAUUGAUCAGGCAUGCACCACCGCUGUAGACGUACCUGACGAUGUUUCGAAUGUUACUACCGCUGCUAAGAUGAUCUUGGGUGAUCCACGCAUCUCCCAGAUGAAAGGUAGGAAUCCUGAAAAGGGAAAAACAAAUGUUGCAGAAGAUUCACGCUUGCAGAGUGGUAUAGAACUGUCCCAGACAAGAAAAAGACCCAGAACUUGCAAGUACUGCAAGUUCGAAGGCCACGACUCUCGUACUUGCAAACAAAAAAAAGCUGAUCAGUUAGUUGUUGUUAGUGCUAACAGUGGUAGUGGUACUGCGUGA